CACUCCUAUUUUUUCCCCUCUGCCUCUUUUCUCCAGCGACUCUCCGGCUCUUGGAUGCACCGUCGCCCGUCUGUGUGUCACUGUUAGAGCGGCUACACAGCAGCCAUGUCCCGCAGAAAGCAGAGCAACCCGCGGCAGAUUAAACGUCCUCUCGACGAUGGUCUGGAAGAGGAAGAGGAGGAAUGUGUGUCUGAAGGGAACGAGCUCGCGACUAAAGACGAGUUCUCAGCCGAGGAGAAUUUCACUACAGACCUCGAGACAGAGAACAUUGGCUGUGAGGACAUGGAGUACUUCUGCGCUAAAGGUGAAGAGACCAGCAACAGAGAGACAGGGGACACAGAUGUGGAAGGAAAGAAUGACAAGACCAGACCUCCUCAUCUGGAAACUGAAGAGUGGGACGGUCCCAGAGAACUAGACCUGCUGAACAAAGAUGGCGAGCGGCGAGUACAGAGUCGUCAGCAGCUUCCCGUAGGGACCACGUGGGGGCCGUUCGACGGCAAGAUCGAGAUGAGCGCCGACGGUACAAACCUGAAAAGCAAGGCCCCAGUCCCAGUGGUUUUGAGCUCAGGCCCCAGGUGGCUGCUGGAUGUGACUUGGCAAGGAGCAGAAGACAACAAAAAUAACUGCGUGGUGUACAGCAAAGGUGGCCAGCUAUGGUGCACCACCACUAAGAACAUAAUGGAGAGCGAGGAGCUAGUGGCAUUUGUGGUGGACUUUGACUCUCGGCUUCAUUCGGUCAAUCACAUGUCCCUGAGCGAGGGCAUGUACCCAGCACGUCUUCUGGACACCAUCCAGCUCCUACCACAGCAGGCUGCUAUGGCGUCCAUUCUCCCCACCGCCAUAGUUAACAAGGACAUCUUUCCUUGUAAGGCUUGUGGAAUCUGGUUCAGAAGUGAAAGGAACCUGCAGGCUCAUCUGAUGUACUACUGCAGUGGGCGGCAGAGGGACCCCGACAGUGUACCUGAGGAGAGCGAAGUGAACCCUCAUCAGACCCCCAGCAUCUGUCCUUUCCCACAAUGCAACAAGAGCUUCAGUACUCCCCGUGCCCUGGAAAUGCACCUGAACACGCACAGUGGUGUCAAAAUGGAAGACACACCCCCUCCUGGCACCAGCUUGAAAUGCACAAUCUGCAACUACACCGCGGAUUCUCUCAUUACAUUCCAGCACCAUAUCCUCACUCACCUUUCACAGGCGGCCUUCAGAUGCAAUCACUGCCAUAUCAGUUUUCAGAACCACAGGGAACUCUUGCAGCACCAGGACUUACACAGCCACUCCGGCAAGAUCCACAGGGAGAGCGACAACGAACAAUCACCACGGGGGACAGAGGAAAGUCUGCAGGCCCGAACAGAGCUAUCUGCCAGGAAGGACGUUGUCAUGCAGAGCCCCAAAACUGUGGCCAACAAGGACAGUGCCCCUGAUGGAGAGCUGGAAAGAACAGAGAAAAAGCUUAUACUUGGACUACAGAAAGGAGAAAGUCACCCGGGUGCCAAGGCCAGUUUCUCUUACACCAGGAUCAAGUCAGAGCCUUCCAGUCCCAGACUGGCCUCCUCACCAGUUCAGCACAACAUGGGACCCACAUUUCCCAUGGGUCCGUUCCUGUCACAGUUUGCAUUCUCCCAAGACAUUUCAGUAGUGCCCCAAGCUUCUGAGAUUUUAGCCAAAAUGUCUGAACUUGUGCAUCGCAGACUACGCCAUGGAGGAAACAGUUACCCGCCAGUAAUCUAUAGUCCUCUGAUGCCAAAAGGGGCAACCUGCUUUGAGUGUAACAUAACUUUCAAUAAUCUGGACAACUACCUUGUCCACAAAAAGCACUACUGCAAUAGUCGCUGGCAGCACAUGACAAAAUCUCCUGAUUUCUCCACUGUUUCAGAUAAGGUGACAGACUCUGUGAGUCCCAACAGUGGUCACAAUUCAGUAGGGUUGCUGGCUGGAUGCCACCCACCAGAGACCGAUCAUUUAAUGCCAUCAGCAUGCUUGAAUUCCUCUGUUUUGGACAUUAUUAAUGCCAGUGGUAAAGUGCCUGAUAAAGACCACAGUGGACAGGUCAAAAAGGUCACCACACCAACAGGUGUUGAAGACAAACUCAACGGUAAGCAGGCCGAAGUUAAAAGUCCAAACACAACCGUAGGCGAUGGUGCUGAAAACGAUCCAAACAAAACCACUUGUGAGGCAUGCAACAUUACCUUCAGUCGUCAUGAAACUUUCAUGGUCCACAAGCAGUAUUACUGUGCCUCCCGUCAUGACCCACCGAUGAAGCGCCUGUCUACUAACAAGGUGCCCACCAUGCAGAGAACCAUGAGAACACGUAAACGCAGGAAGAUGUAUGAAAUGUGCCUGCCAGACCAGGAACAAAGACAGGUAAUAGGGCCGCAGCCAGGAUUUUUGGGUGUUCCCACUCUGGGAAAUCCCUGUACCUCCCAAGAAUCUGUGGAAGGCCUGGCUGACCGUUUCCAUCCACGCUGUGACGUUUUUCCAGGGAUGGUCCCGAAGCACAUUGAGGCAUCUCUUACAGUCACAAAAUCCAUCCUAGCACCCAAAAGCAAUGCUAUUACUGACACGCAAGAACUGGACGCACCAAUUGAUCUUAGCAAAAAGUGCUCGCUAGUCUCCGACAAGACAGGUAACUCACCCAAAAGACUCUUGGACUAUCAUGAAUGCACUGUUUGCAAGAUAAGUUUUAACAAGGUGGAGAAUUACUUAGCUCAUAAACAGAACUUUUGCCCAGUUACAGCUGCUCAGAACAACGAGAUUGGUGGCAUGGACCAGCCUUUGUUUCCAAGCAUGAAGAUGGAAGGCACUAAUCCUGAAGACAUAUUUGACAAGAGUCCUGUGAAAUCUGAGAAAAAUGGUGGCACCAAGGUGCAAAAUGGCAGUCUGUUCCCUCCACACCUUGGAUCUGUGCCAGAGUUAAAGACUUUCAAUGAUUCCCAGCUCCUGCCUUCCAAAGAAGUGUUUUUGUCACACGGCCUUUACCCUGGAGCAAUAAAAAAAAUGAAACCAACUGAGCCAAUAUCUCCAUAUUUCGGGAUAAAACCUAGUGAUUUCCUGGCAGGAGGUAUAAUGAAACAGGGUGAACCCAGUGACCAAGAGCAGGGUACUAAUGGAGCAACUGAAGAAGGUAAAGAGCAACAAGCAGCCAAUGGCUGCCCUCAACCUGGCAAAGAUCAACUGCCUUUGCUCCCCAAAAACAGGGGAAUGGUCAUCGUCAAUGGUGGGCACAAAGUGGACGACAGCCAAUCAUCAGUACCCACUCAGCAAGAGAACCAGCGCAACAACGCAUCACCAACAGACGGGCAAGCAUCUCCCACAUGGGGCCAGGAGAACCCCCCAGAUCCUAACGGCAACACUUCACCUACAUCUAAAUCACCAGUUGAGGAUGCGCCACCUGCUGCGGCCAAAGGCAUAAAUGGUUCGGCUCAGCCAGCCGGAAGCGGCAAGUACUGCCGCCUCUGUGACAUCCAGUUCAAUAACUUAUCAAACUUUAUCACUCACAAGAAGUUCUAUUGCUCGUCACAUGCUGCCGAGCACGUCAAAUGAACUCUUCCUCUCCCUCCACCUCUCCUUCCUCCUCCUUCUCUCUUUUUCGCUACACUGUCAUGUCUGGAAUAGUGCAUCAUGCAGUUUUAUAUGCUGCUUGUGGACAAUCAAGAGCUUCAUCUUUCAUUUUUCAUCGAGACUUUGAUGCAAAUUUUUUGUCAAGAAAAAAAAAAAUUCCAUGUGUAAUACUGGUGCCACUUUCACCUUUAUUUAUUUUACAAUCAGUAUUAAUAGGAGUAGUGACCUUAAUUUAAACACAAAGGAAAUUUAUAUCAGAGUUGUUUGUAAUGUUAUUGUAUAGUCAUUCUUGUGUAGCAAUCAUUGUUUACACUGUAUUGUAGGUUCAACCAGAGGAUAGACAAUACAAAAACGGAAAUGCAUUUUAGACACAAAAAUAGCUACUGACGCACUUGUGCAUUCUUAUUUGCUGUAAGUUUUUUUGUAUAUGCCUAAAUGUCAUUUGCAGUACUCAUGACUUCUCAGCCUUAAACACGGUUUGAAGGGAAAAACCAGGCACAACUCUGCAUCUCAUGUUUUGGCAUAUACAGUACAUCCAGCUUUGCAUAUGUAUGUAGCUGUUGGUCUAUGUCUUUUAUUUCUUUUUUUUUUUUUGUUAUUAUUAUUAACUCAGAAGUGAGUGUUUUCAUCAGGAUGGCAGCAUUCUUGUAUAGUACUCGUAUUUCAGUUUGCAAUCCAUUUUGGUCUCCCUUUUUAAAAAUUUGCUCUCAAUGCAAUACUUUGUAAAAAAAAAUAAUAAUAAUAAAUAAAUAAACAAACAAACAACAAAAAAAA